AUGACGCCAACAACAACAGACCGUAUAUCCACUUAUAGAAAAAAGAGCGAAGGCUUAGGGAAGAUCAGACUCAGACAUAAACAGAAAUUAUUAGAAACCGUUUCUAGUCAACAAGACACCUCUAAACGAGCAGCCACCCCGGCCCACCCCCAACCGGAACUUGCCUGGCGAAUCAGUCUUGCACCGUUUGACUCGAUAGAUCCAUACGCGGACCCAUUCCAUCUAGCAACAAAUAAAAAUAAAAGGUACAAAAUAAUCGCAAAGUUUAAAACAUCCACUAUCACAACAGGAAGGGAAAGUCCACAGACACUCGCCCCAGCCCCGCAUCAUUCUAACAAUCUCCAGUCUCCUACUGCGCAGGAAGUGACAACCGAGCAGACUUUACGAGCCCAUCUCCUUUUGGGAGAAGAGGUCCCGCCCCCGCGGCAACAUUCGAGUCCUCACGAGAUGGCUUCUCACGACAUGAACAUUGACCCGGCAAUCUCGGGGGUGGGCGCUCCGCAAGCGCAACAACAACAGCAACAGCAGCAGCAACAACAGCAGCAGCAGCAGCAACAGCAGCAAAUGAUGGUGCAGUCACAGAGUCCACCAUUGAAUAACAACGCCGGAACCUCUCCUGGUGUAUGCAGCGGCGGAGAUCAACAGAGCGGCGCAGAAGAAGCGGGCGCGGAAGGCUCCGGACAGAAACGCGGUGGGAAAAGGGAACUUUCAACCUCCAAGCGCGCUGCACAGAAUCGCGCUGCACAGCGCGCAUUCCGCCAACGUAAAGAGGGUUACAUCAAAAAGCUCGAGGAGCAGGUCCGCGAAGCAAACCAAAUGCAGGAAUCCUACAAGUUGAUUCAGUCUGAGAACUACCAGCUUCGCGAUUACAUUAUCAACCUUCAAUCGCGCCUUAUCGAAUCUCAAGGCGAGGAGGCUGCAGCAGCGGGUGCACCAACAGCGAAUAUGGGGGGUGUUGCGGGUGUCCCGGACUUGAACAAUAUGAACGGGAAGAGGCAACACGAUGAAGACCCUAACAAUGCGUUCCUGCAGAAUGUUGCUGUACAAGUACAGGGCAGUGGCCUUUUCAACCAACAGCAGCAACAACAGCAAGCGGGAAACGCAAGCCCGGUACAGGCGAAGAGGGCGAAAAACAUUAAUGGUGGGAUGGAGGGCGUUGUUCAGGAGGAAGCUCCGAAGCCAACUACUAAUGGGAAUGCCAACUAA